UGAUUUGAGGCUGACGUAACUGAAUACAUUGGCAUAAAAAUAUGUACUUGUGGCGUUUAGUGGUUUAUACUAUGCGCCUCCAGUUUCAAUUUUUGAGUUGCUCUAUUUCAGGCUUUUGUUAUUUUUGACUGUUUUCUAUUGCUUGCCUUCUCAAAUUUAAGCCCAUUCACGCGCUUGUUUGGUGGUUGGCCAACCUUUAAGCCUCUUCCAGUUUUCAACAGUCGCAACUCUGCAUGCUUUCGUUGUUGUCAAUGUACCUUUUGGCUGGAUACGCAGCGCUAAAAGGGACUGGUCAGCUGAAACCAUUAUUGCAACUAAAGUAUAUUUGGAAGCGUUCCGAAAGUAAAAGAAUCGAACGCAAAGAAAAAGAUAUUGGAUUCGCGUAAAUAUUAAGUGUGCAUAAUGAGCAGCGGGAAAUACCUCAUAGUUGGGUCAUUCCCGCCUUUUUACCUUCCGAUAUGUAGCAUUUAGUUUACAGAUACUGUAUGAACAAUUGGUAAUCAUAGAAUACCUAUUGGCUUGUGUACCUCUUUCUAGCGCGUCUCAAAAUUACCACAACUGUUAAAUCGCUGAGACAACUUAUGCCACUGAAUAUUCCUCCGUUAUCAUAAGUGAUUAUUAUGGCAUCGCUUCAACAACUUGAAGGAUGAAAUUUGUCAAACAUUGCUAGACUUAACAAAACUCAUGUUUGUAAUUGUCUUGAAUAAACCGCUUCUGCAAAAACUUGUGAAUCGAAGAUAAAAAUGGUAAAAUGAAUUUUGGCUGCCUAUAAGUUUAUUAUGUUAAAGUAUAUUUUAUGGUUUACGAGGUUUCACCAUUACCGAGUCUUCAGUUUAUUGUAUACUCAAUCUAAUCAUCGAGUUGUACCAACAUUUACCAAAACUUUAUCUUUUACCAUACCAUUUGCUUGGUGGCCAUUUGAAUUAUGGAAAAAGAAAGAUGUACACGAACAAUGUCGACAGCUAUUCAGUGAUUCCUUGUUUCUUAUAGCUACGGGUCAAUUCAAUGCAGCGAAUGAUAAACUACAUGAACUAUUAUACUUUAUCAAUCAAUCCUAUCAAAAUAAGGAGUUCACCGAUCUUGAAUACGUCAAUAAACGUGCACGAAUAUGUUCUGAAAUGGCCAAUCUAAAUCUACUCAUGGGUAAUCAUUCAAAUGCAGAAAAAUUAAUUAAACAGACAAUGCAAGAUUGUUUAACAGCUCAAAUAUCACCAAACGAUGCAAUGUUUAUUGAACUAUCGCUUAAAAUGUCUAUGCUUUUUGAAAAGUCUGGUAGAUUAGACGAUGCUGAGACUGGUUUUCGAUUUUGUAUAGAAAACCAAGAGAAAAAGUUGACAAAUAAGGAUGAAAACAUGGAUUAUAUGAAUGAGAAAGCUUUACUAGCGAUGUGUUGUAAUUAUUUUGCCAAAUUUCUCUAUGCAAAUCAACGACAAACCGAAGCUUUAGUUUAUGCUCAACGAGCUUAUGAUGUAGCCAGUCAAAUUUAUCCUUUAGAUCAUCCGAAUUGUUUAAAUUUAUUAAUUGAUAUCAGUGCUAUUCAAGCGGAUCUAAAUAGAUUUGUAGAAUCUCAACGUAUUCUUGAACAAGUUAUUCAAACAAGUCAAACCAAGUAUCAAUCAAUCAUUGAUAAAUACUCCAAUGAUAAUGAACUGCAGUCUGACUUAUCAAAACAACAUGAAAUACAUGAAGUUGUAUCUACACUAAUCCAUUCAUUGAUACAAUUAGCCAUUGUUAAUUUAAUGCUGAAAAAACCAGAAUCUGUAAAUCAGUCAUUAUUACUACAAGCUAAUGACAUUGUCAAUCAAAUUGACCAGUUAGGUUUGAAAAUUGCUGUGUAUCGUGAACAAAUUAAUGAUUUCAAAAUGAAGCAUCAUUUACCAGUCUAGAAAUAUGUUCAUUUUUAUUUCUUGAGUUGAGUUGUUUGCUAUGAAGAUUUUCCAUAUGACAAUGUAUUUUAAAGUGGUUUAUAUUUGUAAAUGAUUAGAAUUGUUAAUGUAUUUCAGUGACGUAACAAGGUUACUCUUCUUCAAUGUUCACAAUAAUUGUAGCCAACUUUUCUCUUUAGUCCUCCUACCUCAUUACUACUAUGCGUUGUCAAUAGAUACCUUUUAAAAUGCUGUUCUUAGUUAUACAACUUGAAUUUUUUUUACUGUUUCCAGUCCAAAACUCUUCUCUUCUAUGACCUUUGCUUUUUUUUCUCAUUUCGUUACUUCAUAUUUUACUAGACCAUCCCUAACAGAGAUGAUAUUUUCAGACAAGUUGUACAAUAAUAUUGUCUUUUGUAGAU